AUGACAGUUAUAUCUGUAGUUCUUGGUCGAGCAUUUCACUACGUUGAUGGCGUCCUUCCAUUCAGUUUUGGCGGUACAGAUUUCCCAAUUGAUGACAUUCUUGCUGUGUGUCUCUUGGUAUACUAUGGAGUUACUACAUUACUUGAUGCAGCUUCAGGUGAUGGAGAAAAGAUGAAUGAGGAACAAGAGGAGGCUGAGAUAGCAGUUUCGAAGUUUUCUGGAAAUGGUGCAGGAUUAGUGUCUGUCGCCAGUACUCUUGCUAGCACAUUUGUUUUGGUUUUUGUUGCUGAAUGGGGUGAUAAAUCAUUUUUCUCAACAAUCGCACUUGCUGCGGCUUCAUCCCCUCCGGGUGUCAUUGCAGGGUCGCUUGCUGGUCAUGGUGUUGCAACAUUGAUUGCAGUUCUUGGUGGCUCUUUGCUGGGGACAUUCCUAUCUGAAAAGGUAAAUCAGUACUAUCAAGGGAGCCUGAUUUCUCAUGUGAUUUUUUUUCCCGACUAA